AUGAACAUAGGGAACACUCCUGGUGGAGCAAUUUCAGGACAGCUUCACCAGUCUUCUGCAACAAUCCCUCUGUCUUCCCACACUCCUAGUGUUGUUCCUUCUCCUGUGCCAGCCCUACAAAUGCCAUCUGCUUUGCCAGCUUCAUCUACUCCUAUAAUGCCACUCCUUGAUACAACUGAAUCCAAUGGCAGUAACCGAGCUACUAAUCUUGUAAAGCCCUCUUCAUUUUUUACACCUCCUCCAUCCUCAUCUGCAUUGUUGUCACCUAUCUCAUCUAUGUCAACUGCUCCUCCUCUUCAUCCUGCUGUAAAUCUGCAGUGCCCAUAUGGUACUCCGCUGCUUCAACCCUUUCCACCACCCACUCCACCCCCAUCUCUUACUCCUGCACCUGCUCCUGCUCCUGCUCCAAACUAUGGCCCAGUUAUUAACAGAGACAAAGUCCGUGAUGCACUUCUGAGGUUGGUUCAGGUCAGACAAAUCAAAAGGAUUACAAGAUAUACUAGAACUUACCUGGUUCGGAAUUUUGGCCUGAGGUUGGUCAAUGCAACAGGGGAGGCUUCUUUGGUUUCUGUCGGUUCGUCUUGGACGACGAUGAUGACUGAGGUAGAAUGA